GGGGUAAGACUGGAUUAGGGGACCCUGCUCCGCCAGUGGUCCUGGUGAUCGCCUAGGGAAAUAAAUCUAUUCUCCUGGGAUCUGGGAUUGAAUCCUAGGCAGGUUUGUGGAGAGUAGGAUAGUGAGAUGGGCUGAAAGGCACGGGGGCCACUUCUUAACUUUCCUUUUAACUCUGUGCUGCCGGGUGGCAGCUUGAUAGUCAGUGGCCUUUCCAUCUCUGGCCACAUUCCCAGGACUCCUGAUCGUUAGAGUGACUGUUGUCCCAAGUGGACAUAAUUAUAAAUAGCUCCCUUCUUUUACUGAAAGUGUCCUACAGUGGGCAAUAAAUAAUGUAGUCCCCUCCUCCAGUGGAAAAUAUACUACACGCAUGCAAAAGCUCAGAGGGCUCUAGGAGUCGUUCCAACUCCCCUUUCUCAGUUCCUUGAGAUUUUUUUUUUUUUUUUUAAGUUUGUCCUCUACUAGAUUGCUUCUCAUUCACCAGGAUAUCUUAGAUCAAGGCUGGCGUUUGAAGCCUCUGCCUGAGUUCAAGCCCCUUUCCUCCUGUGUUCCUGUCCAAGCCCGCGGACUGGAAUCUCCCAAGGAAGUUAAGAAUAAUUCGGGGGGUGGCGAAGGGGGGUGGUGGUGGCGAGGUGGGGGAGGAGGAACUGCAGCCUUCACCUGGCUAACACAAGAGGACUCAGGAUGCCCAGCACCCUGGAUGGGACCCAACAGCGCUCCCUGGAGGUGUGGGUGCAAGGUUUUGUCUAGCUUGGCCUCCAAGGCCCUCCAGGCAAUCAAUGCCUUGGGAAGGGAAGAAUUCGUGAUUGGAUUUGACCUGAGUCAAAAGAUGCCUUCAGUUCCUCUUCUGCUGAAAAUAUUAGAAAUACAAGCCCAAGGUGUGGGGAUCGGGGGCAAGCGGUGGCACCAACUAAAAGGAAGCAAUGGAUUUCCUUUUAAAUGGAGAGGAGGAUGUCGGAGAGAUACCAUGAAACGAAUUCUCGAAACUCCAGGCAGCAAUACCGAUGCAAGCACAUUCCUCCAAAACAAAGCUCCUCGUUCAGGGCCACAUCUUAGCCUGGGGGCCGAAUGCUCAGAGCGUGCCUGGCUUUCUGGGGAAAAGCGCCAGGAGUAUGAACGAGCUACGGAGUCGGCGCUGCGGGAGCAGAUUGUGGGGGGACGGCUUCGGAGCCGCUGCUGUUGCGGGGCGCGCAGCCGAGACCCAGCGUGCUGCGCCCGGGGCCCCGGGCCGCGGAAGGAUAUUUCACUUUGUUUACCUCCCCGGCCGGGUGAGGGAGCUGCGAGGCCGGUGCUGGCGCCCCCGGCACCGAGCUGCAAUGGCAGCGGCGCGGGGAGCCGCCCGAGGACUGGCAGCGGCGGGGCUGAUUGAUGGGCGCCCGGCGCAAUGAGGGGGGCCCGGGCGGGGGCGGG